GGCCCAAGUUAAAGCCCAACCCAUCUCUCUCUCUCCAUCAUCUCCUAUCUCUCUCUCUUAUUCUUUCAUCUCAAAUUCCGGCGAGCUCCUCACCGGAUCCCCAUUUACGUCUCGGAUCAGCUAGGAGGCUCAAACAACAACACAAAGGUGAAGGUCACUUGUUUCCGGAUUUGUUUUACAGGUAAACACCAUCUUACUGCCGGCGCUGCCUGCGUCACAUGCUUCGCCAACUCCGCACGCGGCGGAGGCCCCGCUACGGCGCGCACAUCUGCGCCCUAAUCGCGGCGGUGCUCCUCCUCCUCUCGGUGUCUCUCCUGUACAGCAGCCUGUCCUUCAGUUCGCAGCCCCAACUCCCCCUCCAUCACUCACGCGACAACUCCUUCAACCCUCUCCUCGACGAUCUCGACUCCGAAGCCCUCACCACCACCAAUCCCAACGACGAUCGCAUUGACGAGCUCGAUGACGUCAUUUUGGAAGAGGGCGGUAGCAACAAUAACGAGGAAAACCUUGCCGAUGAAGAGGAUGAUGACUCCACAGCCCAGAAUCAGGGCGCUGCUGCUGGUACGUCUAGUUACUUUUUUGACCAUGUAAACGGCGUCAUUUGGAGAUCUUUCAAUCGGCGUUCUAUUGAUGAAUGGGAAGACUAUGUUCCUUUCAAUUUGAAGCGUAAGUCUGACUUAGGCUUUGGCAUUGAUGAGUCUAAACUUGUGUUUGGAUCUGAUGAUGUUUUGGUGGACGAUAAGUUGAGAACAAAAUUGAGUGAAGUGAGGAAAAUCGAGGAUGCAUUGCUGUUAAAGGGGUCUGUUUUGAGGGAAGGGUGGGGAGAUUGGUUCGAAAAGAAGGGUGAUUUUUUGAGGAGGGACAGGAUGUUCAAGUCGAACAUUGAGAUUCUGAAUCCUUUGAAUAACCCAAUGUUGCAGGAUCCCGAUGGAAUAGGUGUUACUGGAUUAACUAGAGGAGAUAGGAUUUUCUUGAAGGGUCUACUAAAUGAAUUUAAGCGGACUCCGUUCUUGGCUAAGAAGCCAUUGGCUGUUUCUGAAACAAAAGACGUCGUUGUAGGUGAAAGAGGCGCUGAACAUGAUAAGGAGGUCAGUAGAGUGGAGAGAAGAGCUUUGACCAAUGACAAUAUUCGCAUGGUGAGGAAGAAUGAGGGUUUAGAGAGAGAAUACUAUGCAGAUGGCAAGAGGUGGGGUUAUUAUCCAGGUUUGGAUGAAAGGCUGUCGUUUGGGAAUUUUAUGGAUGCUUUUUUCAGAAGAGGGAGAUGCAAUAUGAGAGUCUUCAUGGUGUGGAAUUCGCCUCCAUGGAUGUUUGGUGUUCGGCAGCAGAGGGGUCUGGAGAGUCUUCUACAUCAUCACCCAGACGCGUGCGUGGUGGUGUUCUCUGAAACAAUAGAGCUCAAUUUCUUUAGUGGAUUUGUGAAAGAUGGAUAUAAAGUGGCUGUUGUGAUGCCAAAUCUCGACGAGCUGCUGAAAGAUACACCAACACACAUAUUUGCUUCAGUUUGGCAUGAGUGGAAGACGACAAAAUAUUACCCAGUUCACUACAGUGAACUAAUCAGGCUAGCCUCCAUCUACAAGUAUGGUGGAAUCUAUCUUGAUUCAGACAUUGUAGUGUUGAAACCUCUCUCUGAACUCAAUAACACUGUUGGAUAUGAAGACGAGCUUGGUGAUAAAACUUUGAAUGGUGCGGUGAUGGUGUUCAGAAAGCACAGUCCUUUUAUUUUAUCGUGCUUGGAGGAGUUUUACGCAUCAUAUGAUGAUGCCCAGCUGCGGUGGAAUGGAGCUGAUCUUCUAACAAGAGUGGCCAAGCAAUUUUUGAGCAGCAAAGACGUAGCUGAUGUGAAUGCUGAACUCCGGUUGCAACCAUCUUCUGUCUUCUUCUUCUUCCCCUUCAACCAUAAUACAAUCUCUAGAUACUUCACUGCUCCGCAAACAGAGAUCGAAAAACACGACCAAGAUCAUCUCUAUAACAAAGUCAUGCGGCAAUCAGUCACCAUUCAUCUAUGGAACAGCGCGACAUCUGCUCUGAUCCCGGAGCCAGAGAGCCUCGUUUUUAAACUGCUUAACCUGUAUUGUAUCCAUUGCACUGAUGCAUUAUGAUGAUCUAGUGAAGGAGAUCAUGUCUCUUUUGCCUAUUUAUGUCUGUAUAAUGUAUAUAUUUAAGAACCUAAAACAAUUUUGGAAUGUAUUGAUAGCAUUGAUUUGCGGCAAAAGAUUCAAAAUUUUUGAGUGUUUUUAUUGGUCGGAUUUAGAUACACAUGUAAUGAUGUAGUAAAUAGAAAAAAUUAUCCUUCCUAUUA